AUGUCAUCCUGUCUGUCCCUGUCGGGGUCGACGGCCUGCUCAGCAUGGAGUAGCUCCAAAGUUUCGGUCAAUUCGAGCCAAUAUGCGGACUUCCCAUGGCUCGAUGGCGUUUCUAAUCUCACUACAUUCGAUACAGCCUUGAGCAACUACGUCUCAGACACAUAUGUCACCUCCAAAUAUGUCGAUCAGUUGGGCUGUGAUGGCCUGAAUAAAAGCGCCAUGAAUGAUUAUUAUGCCCAAUAUACUACCAGUGUCAUCUGCAGCGGUCUUAUCCAGAGCUCCAAGGACGACUGCGACCUGUCUACCGCCGAUUCAGAACCGCUAUGCGCCGAGACCUGUGCGCUCAUGGCCACCAGCGAACAAGAGAUUAUGGUCAACAAGCAACUCUGCCCGAAAACUACCAAGGACUACAUGAAACAAAUUCGCUCCGACUUCACCAUCUGCUCAAACCCAGCCGACUCAAUAACCGGCAGCUGUGUCAGUGGAUCCGAUAAUGAGCCUAAGAACUGCGGAUUCUCUUCCAACAUGAUUGGCCUCUGCACCUACUGUGCUUCCAACUCGACCGAUACCUGCUGCUCCAGCUCCAAUUCCACGAGCCGCUGCAACGGAGUCGUCAUUCCAAGCUCAACUGCGACUCUUCAGCCGAUCGUCACGACUACCGCCGCCGCUGGUGGAGCCUCGAAUCACGGUCUGUCAGGGGGUCAGAUUGCCGGGAUCGUGGUCGGCUCGGUUGCGGCAGCCGCCAUCAUCGGUGCCCUUCUGGCAUUCCUCUUCAUUUGCACUCGACGUCGCCGCAAGACACAAACGGAUGCUGCACUUAAUCAACCCAACCCACAACGCAAGGGUACGACACCACCCAUGCAGCAGCAGCCGGAAAGUCCAACGGGAUAUAAUAUGGUCCCUGGAGGCCGCGUUGCCCGCAUGUCCGCUUUGCGCGAGGUCCCCAGCUCCUCUCCUGCUUACUCUCGAACAUCUGCUGCAAUGUUUGGUGGUACCAAGUACAGCGAUUCGUCCGAUUCGGAAGCCAGGGGUGCCAGCCCCGGGGCCAUGUCUCGACGAAUUCCUCCAGUUACUGGAAAGCGCCACGGUUCGCUGUCGAGCAGCUCUGCUUUGGCUGGCUUAGACAGUGACAGCUCACCUCUCUCCGGCACUGCAAACCAAUACUCAUCCCCCGAGGCAGUGACCAGUGGCCAGUCCGAGCAGUUGUCAUACUUCCGUGACUACUACUCGCAAGACGACAUUCAACCCGGUGAUAAGGUGGCUGCCCUAUGGGCGUACUCUCCCCGGGCAGGUGAUGAGUUUGAGCUUGACCGCGGUGAGAUGUUGAAGGUGAUUGGCAUUUGGGACGAUGGCUGGGCCACGGGUGUCCGCGUCUCUGAACGGGCUGAGGAUUAUGACAUCCAUCGCGAACAGCGUGAUAGUGGAGUCUCCAAUGGCUCGCACCGGCCGGGCCCGUCACCGGCACCCUCCGGUGAGAUCAAGGCCUUCCCGUUGGUGUGCGUCUGUCUGCCACAACACUGGCGGAAGAUCAUCGACGGUGGCGUCCAGGAAGACGAUGAUGAAGUUUGA